UAAGAGAAAGAGAAAGAGGGAGAAGCAGGGGAACGCUGAAAACCAAAGGGAGAGAAAAAGGGAGACGUCUGGAAAGGGAGACGUUAUGGGAUAAGCACAGGUAAACCCAGCGGAAGAGCAAGAGAGAAAGAAUGACGUUCAGGAGCAAAAGAGGCUGGACGAUCGGGAAGGAAUAAACGCGAGGGUGAGCGAGUGGGAGAGAGAAGGAGAGGAGGAGCGAGCGAGUGAGAUAAGCUGUUUUGUGCGAACGUGUGUGGAACACGAGUGGAGUAGAGGUAGGGGUCCAAGCUCGAGCUAACAGCGGCGUGCUGGGAGGAGGCGGCAGAGGCGGCGGCCAUGUUGCUUAUUCCAAGUGAAGAGAGAACGAUUCGAGAGAGACUCGGUGAGGCUGCUUCGUUUGUGCUUGCAGCGACCCAAACUUCGGUGGCUUAAUACUCACUUGUUACGGCUGCGCCAACUUUCAGGUAGCGAACAGUUUUAUUUAAAGUCUUAAUUGCCACGCCAACAAUAGGAAAAGCAAGUUUUCCAUAGUUCAUCGGCCGGGAAAGUUGUCUUCUGUGUGAUCGCGUGCGUGUGCGACGGCAACGUCGUCGUCGUCAUCGUCCUCGUCGUGGUUGCGCGCGCGAGUCAAGAUGCGAGUGUGUGUCUGAAGCCGGUGCCGCGGUUGGGAUUACGAGGAGGACACGGACAGGCCGAGUAAGCGCGGCUUCCGAGGAGUGCGGACGUGUGUCGCGGAGCGUCGAGUGAUGUGUGAAGAGGAAACGCGCGCAGAGUGACCGUCGGCGAUGCCCGAGGCUCGUGAUGUCUAUGUAAUGACGUGCGCGUUGUGAAAAUUCGCGAUGUAUGCCACCAGGUGAACAGACCACGCGACAUCCGACAACUCUUUGCCCGCGCGCGCGCGCGCGCGUGAGAUUCAACCGCAUCUUCGUUUGCGAAUUCGCCAGUUUCGUCCCUGGAGACACUCGCAAGUAGCGCGAAAGGACGGGCCCCCGUGGAGGGUGCCCUUGUCGAGAGAGAACAGCCCCGAUACCAGCGAAUCCGCUGAGAAUUCGUACGCCUCGGCCCACGACGCAGGUGGUGACACUAUCAUCCGUUGAGAUGUGAUCCGGAACACAGGAGGGACGCUCAGUAGUUUGUAGUUGGUCCCCAUCCCCCCUCUAUUACCCCACCCCAGCCCCCUCGCGACCUCUACCACCUACUACUCUACCACCACCUCCCUCCCUCGCCUCCCCCCGCAACACAUACGCGCGCGCGAUAAUCCACCUCACCUCACCGGCAAAGCAACCACCGAUCAACGGCUCUUCUCGGAUGCGUCGGCUACUGUAUCCACGCGACGAGACUUUUCCCCAUCUAAUGCGACCUUAACGAGUCCUUCCCGUCCAUUUUUCUUGGGUUAAUAACGUGCCAUACAAAUCUCAACGCAACCUGUGAUACGAUACCCGAUGACUUAAACUGUCCAAUCACGUAGACGUAGACAUUUAGUCGAAAAUUAGAUCGGGCUGUGGACAGCUUUAAACUGUCGGUCGAAACAGUAACAGAACUACGAUUUCUGAAGAAAGAACGCGAGGCAGCUGAACUAUUUGUGUGAACACACAAUACCACGAGAGAAAAGGACUGGAAGACGGCACUGGAGAAUGUCGACGUGUACUGACGAAGCCGAUAACGCACCCCUGCACAUGCAGGAGGCUCUGUCUCCGGUGCAGGAGGCACCAGUCUCGCCGGCGUCCUCCUCUCUGAGCAACCAAAAUCAAAAUGAGAGCGAGCAGCAGGUACUGCUGGCGACGAUGCAGCCGGUGAACGUGCUCGACCUGCACGAGCCGCCGGCCGUGCACACGCUUCACCCCAAGUACCACCAUCACCAUCACCGCCACCACCAUCAUCACCACCAUCAUCACCACCAGCAGCAGCAACAACAGCAGCAACAUAUCCAGGGUGACCCGGAUGACGUUCAACAACGCGCUCCGGACGAUCCGGAUGGCCGGGUGACCCCCGGCGCCGAGACAGCCGCAGGCAACGCGGCCCUCGGCGUUGGCGAGCACAAGAUGAUCGAUCUCAUCUACAACGACGGUCAGAAAACGGUCAUGUAUACUCAUGAUAAGGAAAUCAUCUAUGAGAAUGAAGCGGACCGCGUACAAGUGGUCGAAUAUCCACCGCCACCGCCGUCGCCGCCAUCUCCGUCACCUCCGUCAGCUGUAACGAGAGCGACAGGCUUGUUGCCGCCAACCUGCGUCACUCCCAGGUCCGCUUCGGCGGCGACCGCGACUGCCCUGCAUCUGCAUCAUUAUCCGCAAUUACAACUGCAGCAUGAGGACGACCUGCCGCCGACGGUGCGCCACGCGGUUAGCGCAACGGUGCCGAAUUGCGGCUCCGCGACCACCACGACGACGGUCCUGGUACUGUCAGAGCUCGUCGCCGCGGAUCCAGCCUCCGGUGCGGCCGCAGCUGCCCAACAACUGACGCUCACCGCCGCCGCCGCUGCAGCGUCUCUGCGUGCCGGGCGACGCAGCCGCAGCGAGGAGGACACCAACGGCAACGUCGUCAGCGACGACGCGCAGCAGCAGCAGCAACAGCAACAAGGUUACGUAUCGGGUCAGCGUGAGCCGGAAGAGGAGGAAGAGCUGGGGGCAGAAGAGGCGGCGGCCCAGGCGGCGCAGUCCCUGCAGAGCGGCGCCGAGGGCGCCGAUCCGGAAGUCCACAAAAGGGUCGCCGCUGUGCAGGUGCAGGUGCAGGGUAUGGAGGGCGACUGGCGCGCCUACUGCGAGCAUCCGCUCUCCGUGGCGACUGCGGCAAUGCUAAACUUGCAGCAGCAGCACCAGGUGUCGGCGGUAGCCAGCCAUGGAGACGAUCCCUCCGCGUCCUACGUUUAUGAGUACUACAAACUACCCGAGAAAACAGCAGCGGACGUCAAGCUGCCGCCCACGCACGAGCUCUGGCCUACGGGUGUGAUGGGCCAGAAGCUGCUGGUGCAAGAGGCGCCUGGCUCUGGUUCCGGCUCGACGAAUCGCAUGGAAGGCGGCGAAGGCGCCGGAGGAGGGGAGCUUCACCACUUCCUCCAUCAGUACAACCAGCAGUCCCACAGUCCCGGCCAGAGCCUGCAGGGUGGCCUUCCGCUUCCGCUGAGCCCGCAGUCCCUGCGACACGACGGUGCCUCGAGCGCCGGCAUCGCCGGGGUCAAGAGGGAACCAGAGGACCUCAGCUCGUCGCGCGGCGGCCAGCAAUCCAGCAAACGGCACAAACAGGCGCAGCCGGACAGUCCGACACCGCCGGGGAUGUACCAUCAUCAUCAUCAACAGCUACAGGUGCAGCAAUACGGCAGUCCCUACGACCCCUACUCAUCCUGCAGCCCGCGGUUGCAGUCGGCCGCGUACACCUCCACGUCGGCGACCGGGACAGCGAAUGCGGCGAACCAAGGCGGCCUCCAUCAGGAGGCGACGACGGUCUACGUCGCAGGCGACACUCUACCGCCGCUCGCAUCGUCGAGCGCGCCCUCGUUGUCUACCACGACCGCUUCGUACACGAGGUACGAGGUUGUGCCGAGCUCAUACGCUACGACACACGCGAUACGCUCGUCAUCGAGCAGCAGCAAAGUGCUGACCGUUGAUCUUCCCAGCCCCGACUCCGGUAUAGGCGCCGACGCGGUCACACCCAGGCAGGACCAUCAUCCGCCCACGGCGCUUCAUCAGUCCUCGUUCGAUUACACGGAACUAUGCCCCGGCGGGACGACAGCCGGAGCGGCGGUGGUCCUCGAGAGCGGCGCCGUGAUACACCACCAACCCCUGCAGCUACAGCUGCAACAGAGCCACGCGCAAGCACAGGUGCAACGAAGCGGUCUCGUGUCCGCAGGUGCGACGAAUCCAAAUCCGAAUCCGAACCCGCCGAGGUCGCGGCCUUGGCACGAUUUUGGCAGGCAAAACGACGCCGACAAGAUACAGAUACCGAAAAUUUACUCGACCUACGGAUUUAAGUACCACCUGGAGUCGCCAAUCAGCACGUCGCAGCGACGCGAGGACGACAGAAUAACGUACAUCAACAAGGGCCAAUUCUACGGGAUCACGUUGGACUACGUGCCCGAUCCUGACAAGCCACUCCUCAAGGCAGGACAGACAGUCAAGAGUGUGGUAAUGUUGAUGUUUCGCGAGGAGAAGAGCCCGGACGACGAGAUCAAAGCUUGGCAGUUCUGGCAUGGUAGACAACACUCCGUCAAGCAACGAAUUCUCGAUGCUGACACAAAGAACAGCGUCGGCCUAACAGGCUGCAUAGAGGAAGUCGCGCACAAUGCGAUUGCCGUUUACUGGAACCCACACGAAACGUCGGCGAAGAUAAACGUGGCGGUGCAGUGUCUCAGCACCGAUUUCUCGAGUCAGAAGGGCGUGAAAGGUCUACCGCUGCAUAUUCAGAUCGACACGUAUGAGGAACCGCCACCCCACACGCACACUUACACGCCGCCUUCCCAUCGCGGCUACUGUCAAAUUAAGGUCUUCUGCGAUAAGGGAGCGGAGAGGAAGACUCGCGACGAGGAGAGACGCGCGGCCAAGAGGAAGAUGUCGGCGACCGGCAGAAAAAAGCUCGACGAGCUUUAUCACUCCGUCACGGAGCGCAGCGAGUUUUACUCCAUGGUCGAUCUGCACAAACCGCCGGUGCUGUUCUCGCCGCCAGCCGAGCACGCCAUCGACAAGUUCUCGACGAUGGAGUUGUCGGGCUUCUACGGUGGUGGCGGCGGCGGGGGCGGUGGUGACACCGACACCUCGUCCCUCAGUAACGGUGAAAGUGGAGGAUUGAAGGCGGGGGGUAGCAGCCCCUAUCCGGCAUGCGGCAGACCCAGCUUGCCGGCCCUCAAGUUCCACAACCACUUUCCGCCCGACAAUCUCAGUAGUCUACACGACAAGAAGGACUCGUUGCUGAUGCAGGUGCAGGAACUGCAGGGCUCGGUGCUGCAGGGGGUACAACAGGCCGGUCUCACGGGCACGGUGGUGUCCAGCGUUGGCAAUCGACUGCAUUUACAACAGCAGCCUCAACACUUGCGCCCUGCUGACGCCGAAGAACGCGUAAUGCUAUACGUACGUCAGGAGUCGGAGGAUGUCUAUACACCACUGCAUGUCACACCGCCGACAGUUCAAGGACUGCUCAAUGCUAUUGAGUCAAAGUACAAAAUUGCAUCCUCGAGUAUUAAUAACCUCUAUCGCAAAAACACAAAGGGAAUUACAGCGAAAAUUGAUGACGACAUGAUCCGGUAUUACGUCGAUGAGGACCUAUUUCUGCUGGAGGUGAGCCACUCGCGGAUCAAUCCGGACCCGAGCGGCGAUCGCAAUCCGAACAAUCCGGGCUCGCCGAGCGACCCCAACGACCCGGGAGAUCCUCCCACCACGGCCGGGUACGACGUCACUCUCAUCGAGCUGCCCUCAUCGCCGCCGCAUCUACCGCAUUCACCUCUCGCCAACUCCGCGCACGCACAUACGCACGUGCACGACAACGGCAACACGUGAACUCGAGAACAGAGGGAGUUCAUUCUCAAUCGUGUAUAUAAUAUACGCCUGUGAGUAGGCGACUGUCGCGAGGAACGCUCGUUCGGGAGAGCUGAAUAUAAUGAUCAUCACUGGAUGGAGUCUUCCGCGUCGCGUUGAAGACAAUUCUCGUACGGCUUCAGCGGGCAACGGCCUCGUCAGGAACGUUCGUCGCCUCAGGAGGCAACGAGAGAUGACGACGAGAGGCGACGUGCUAAUCAGCUUUCGGCGACGACUUUAAGAGAGUAAGAAAGAAGGAGAGGUAUCAAGAGGACACCGCGGGACAUCGGACCUCAAACGAUUUCGAACAUCAGACGUCGCUUCAGCUUGGGCUCCGUUCGUGUAAUCAUACUAUAACGUUAUAGACCGAGCCGAGAUGUAUUUUCUUUUCUCUUUUUCGUAAUAUGGCUAGACGGACGGAUAGUUUUCAGGACGUUUGACGGAUACACUUGGUUAAUUAUCGUCUGAGUUUUUUAAGGCUUGUAAGGGCUCAUAGACGUGCGGGCUUCGACUCGGCGAGCAAGUCGAAUGUGCAAGAGUACACAUACACGUCGCUACGGCCGCGUACGAAGCGACUCGUUACUUUAUAUUGUUUGUUUUCGCUCUGUAAACAAUUUAUGUCGAUGGUUAUAAGCUUAGGAUACACGAUGCGUCGCGCGACAAGCGCGAGCGCCAUGUAAAUCAAUCAAAAUUGAUUUAAGAAAGCCCCAGAGAAUAUGUUAAGUAUGCGUAUGACGUAUAUAUGUAGGUGUGUAUGAGACAUGAACCACUCACUCUUUACUAAUUCGUACGUUAGCCGAUGUACGGGCUCUUAAUUUGUUCGCGUGUUUUCUCUUCAAUGAAGAAACAACGCACGUCGCAUUUACUGCGUUUGUCGGUAUUAACUCCGCGAAUUAUCACCUCGAAAGCCGACAACUCGUAUAUACAUCACAAUGCGCGUGUUGCAAUUCCACGAUAAACAAAUAACAUUUCGACGCGUAUUAGUCAACGACACGGGAAAUCGUUGCUUGCCCUGUCGUGCCUCUCUGCAUCUACACUUGACCCUCGUCAGUAAAAAAAUUUAGACGCGCGAUUUGUUGAUCCCGCUAAAUUGUGCGAAAAUAUAACAAACACCUGGAUCUCAUCGGAGAAGUUAAUACUCGUAAAAGAUAGUCAGACAUUACACGGUAAUAAAAGAGCAAUUUUUUUUCUGCUCGCUCGAAUCAAAAUCGAAAUUGCACUUUUACUUUCAGAUUUACCUUUAGUUUGAGAUAUUCGGUCAAAUUCUGCAUCCAGAAAGUUACAUAAGAAAAUUUAGAUUCGAAAUUUUAUAUACAGAAUGUCUAUCAGUGACGGUGGCUAUUGUUUGACAACUGAAGAUGCGAGCGGCGCGGAGAUAAUUGUUUUUCGAUGUGUCGGGAGAGCAUGUUGUAACGCGUGUCUCUAAGAAACGUUUACAGAGCUCGUCUCAAGCGUCGCGCGCACUGAUUCGCUAAUCUACUUUUAUUAAUAUCCCAAAAUGUGGUUGUUUAAGAAAUGAUAGAUGCCUUUUUACUCAGUUUGAUGUGAUCUAUCUGCGUACAUGUGUCGAAGUGUCUUGUGUCGGAUUUAAAAAUUUGAUUCGGCGAUUAAGAAAUUAGAUUUAGCGACGUAUUGAUAGAUCAAAAUUGACAAUCGAUAACAUAGAGAAACGGUCAUUCCUUCAUCAGAAGAAGGACGGUCUCAACUUUCAAAUGCAACUUAUCCCGUGUCACUAUGACUUUUCUACGCGGAGGUAUCGACAAGCGGCAAAUCCGUUAGAACCAUCGACAAUGUUGUGUAAAUAUAAAUGUAAUUAAAAGAAUUGUAAAGUUUCCAUCAUCGAUUGUCUAUGUUGUGAUAAUCAUGAAAGUCUCUCUGGAAACUUUUGCAAAUCGUAUAGUAAAGUUGCCGUCAAAUUUGCGUACACCUAUCUGGGUGAUUACAUCACGCGCCCGGUGAAAAACGGAUGCCGGACGCUAUUUUGACGAAAAAUCGACAUAAGAACACAAAAAAAUUUUUUUCGACACUUUAUACUCAAUUUGCACACGAAGUCAUCGAAAAAUUUUGAAUACCGGGCAAGUUACCGAACUACCACGCUACGUAUCCAAGUUCAGACAGUUUUUUUUUUUCUUUUUCUUAAUACUACAAACAGAAUUGAUUAGAAGGUUGUACUUAUUUAGCAAUCAACUCGGAACUAAAUAGAGUUAGCGCUAAAUUCUACGAUGAUCUCACGCUGUGAUCGGAGGAGACUAUUGCCGUUUGUUACAUCGCGUAACCCAAAGACACGGACGAGAUUAAGAAACCCGCGUUUCCGAUCGGGAAUCGUAAGUAGCUUCACUAAUAGCUCUCCCCGGUAAAAAAGUUAAUCGAUAGUUUCUUCCCAUCUACCCCGUCGUUAACGAGACUUUUUACAGUUUCUUAUUUGCGAGCGUUGCGACGUGUCAACGCGCGUAACUCACGCGAUUGCACCAAGACGUUGCGCAGUUAUAUAAUGUAUCAUCUACCACUCGUCGCGCGAAUAAUCCCCCGUCUCAGGCGGAAAUAAUCGCGCGUCGGAAAAGAAUCCGUAGGCAGAUCGCCCCCAUUCUUCUCGCCGCAUUCUCUGCCGCGCGUCACUCACUCGUAAUGGCAUCGAGGAGCCACGACUUUAUUCUAAGUCUUAAGACUAAUAAGAGUAACACAUAAUCAUGCUAUAAUCCAUAUCCGUAGUGUAAUCUCUUGCAGGAUCCCGGUCCAGACGUUAAGCGAUAAGACAGCAAAUCGAUAUCUCGGAACUAGAACGAUCGAUAUUGUUUCUUUCUAAAGAAAAAGAAACGUGUCGUUGAUUUCGUCGCGGAAUGAUCGUCUUAUUUUUGAAGCAUAGAAAGACAUAGUUCCAAAUGUCUUUUUAUAAAGAAUUGCUAAAAUAUCAUCGUGUCAUUCGGAUAAAUUAAAAGAAUCGCUCAAGGUCAGCGGUCCUUCUACUUCCGAGGCGUUGAUUCGAAACCCGUGCGGGCUGGAAGCUCGCAUUGAUUACAGCGAGAACGAUCUAAUCGAGAGAUAAUGAGAUCGCGAUAUCGUCGACGCGCGUCCCACAGACGCGAGAGACGACCGUAAGCGAUACCAGUACCAAUAACCUGUGGUUAUGUAGUUUGUAGGGUGAAGUAACGUUAAUGUGCCACCGGUGAAAGCGAGCCACUUGCCAGCUUACGUCGCGCAAUCGUGCGGCACGAUUGUGCGCGUAUGCAAUAUAUAAACGCACACACGCGAAUCAUACAAAAGAAAGAGAGAGAAAGAGAGACGUACGCGUACAUCGAUCUACCGCACGUCCGCAUUCACGAGCAUACACACACACACACAUAUACACAUACACGAAAACGAACACAAGAGAACGUACAAACACUUGUUGUCAGUUACGUCAGAGACGUUAGAUUAGAGCGGAAUAAUCACGACACACACUUCUCUUGUUUUGCGUUAAUCAUACGUACGUACGUACACCGAUAUCAAAGCAACGAUCAAAAUACGCUUGUAAAAUGCAUUAUAUUAUUGAGUAUUUGUAUACUUGAGGACUAUUUUGUUACAUUUAUUGCAGACAUCAUAUAUAGAUUGAUAUUAUUAAUAUUAUGGAUUUUAUUCUACUUAAGACAUAUAUUAUUAUAUAUUAUUAUUAUAUAUUAAUAUUAUUAUUUUUAUACACGAGAUGUGCGUGUCUGUACUGGGUGAGAAUACGAGUACUAGAGAAAGAAAGUUGGAAAGCGAGAAAGGGAUCGAGAGAAAGAGCGCGUAUGUAUGAGAUAACCCGGAAUGCCUGUGUAGGAAAAUGCCGCAAGAGAAAAGGAGAUAGAUAUAGAUAGAGAAAAAGCAAGAAAGAAAAAGAGAGAGAAAGUGAGAAAGAGAUAGAUCUACAGACCGAAAUUGUUGGUUAGCGCUUUGGUCCAUGACAUUUUUAUGUAUAAUCACAAUAUCCUCUCCCCUCCAUCAACCCAUACCCUCCAACCGCUGCCGUUGCAUCUCGAAAUGAGGCGGAAGAUACGACUCGUUACGUGGACAAACGGCUGGGUCAUCAAGCCAUUUUAUUGUAAUAGUAUCACCUUUAUUAUCCAUUUUUACACGAUUAUUAAUAUUAUUACUUACGUUAUGAGAGCCGUGGAUGAGUCGGCGUCGCGAGGGGACGUCGAGCGCGCGAUCGGAUGAUAUCGCCGGUUGCCCAGCGAGAAUCGCGUCGUCAGUCUCACCGUUUCCGUAUUUCCGCGUUUACGGAACUUGCCGAAAUCUCCGCGUGGUGUACUCGCGUACCUGGGUCGCGCGAUCGCGGUCCCGCCGCGACGAUCUCUCCAGACCGUCCCGAUAUCAUAAGCUUAAAACAACGACGUAAAACAGCGACGUGAAACGAGAGCCAGCGGGCUUUAGGUUUACUGUUAGAAAUAGAAGAAUGCAUAAAAGCCGUUAUUGCCCGGCAGAACAACCGGGUCGAGAUUGUCGCAAUCAAUUUGGUAGCGAGAAGCCGUGAAGGGUAGGAUGAGAGAAGAUCCCGAAAGUACGAACGUUUUUCUUCCGUCGCGUUGUCUUGCCAUCGUGAGAUUGUGCCAGAGGUGAUAUUAUAUUAUAUUACGAUGUUCAUUACAACAAUAAAUAUUAUAUUAGUACGUUUUAUAAA